GAUGCAUCCUGUUAUAAACAAGGUAUACAAGGAAGACAAGAACUGGACAAAUAGCAGCUUUGGAUGCUAUGAAACAAAGCCGCAGAACAUGCUAACCAAGGAGGACCAGGACCUCCUCCUUAUCGAUAUCAAUAUGAUGUCUAAGCUAAGAAAUUUGAAACUCAAUUCAAGUUGCGACGGAAGAAAAUCUAAAAAUAAGUUUAGGAAGAAAGCACACAAAUCUAUCUGUAAUUUUCAUAAGAUUAAGGGCAAGAAGGAAACCAAACGUAUUGCUAACUGACUGGGGAAAUAUAAUGGAAUAACCUCUCUUGAGAAAUUAUGAGACUUCCUAGAGACAGGCAUUCAUGAUCCUAAUGAGACCAUCGAGAAGCACUUUGGAGUUACAAAAGUUCUCCAGGUUAGUGAUACUCAAAGCUCCUCUGAUGAGGCACCUCCCAAGCCUGCUAAUGAGGACGAGAUAGAUACCUUACUAAAAUUAAAGGAUAGCAUCCUCACCGAAUUAGAAUUUUAAAGUCCUAACUUAAAUUUUUCAAUAAUUCUCUAC